CAUACAACAAAAUAAACACAAGGACUUACUGAUUUUUGUUUUUGUUAAAAAGAGUGUCAAGUGCAACAUGUUUAAAAUGGAGCAGCUGCCGAAAAAUCUGGACUAAAAUAGUUUGCUAUUUAUAUUAAAGCAAAGUAAAGCAAAUCCAUUAAAAUGCAGAGUUCGAAAUCUUUUUUAAUACGUGAUCUUCUUGGCGAUUUGAUCAAUCGACGACAAACGGACUCAGAACUUGAUCUAUCCAAUGAUGAGUCGGAUAUAGACAUCGAGGAUCGAUCCACGCCGGAUUCGACGGCACCUGGUUGCCAGCAGGAUUUGCUGCUGCCGCACCACCAUCGCAGAUUCACCCACCACGAUGACUCCAGUGUGGAGUCUUGUUUAUCGGCCGCACGGGGCCCAGAAUCCGGAUCCGGUUCGGGAGGAGGAAGGGGAGGAGGAGGCGGUGGCGGUGGAGGCGGUGGAGUCGGUGGAGGAGUCCCCAGCGGACUGACAGCAGCAGCGGCGGCGGCGGCGGGUGUGGCCGCUGGUCUCUUGGCAGCGGCAGCCAGUGGCGGGGAUCCCAAUGGCGGCAGUGGACCGGGAUCGGGCGGCGCACCAGGCAGCGGUGGAUAUGCGGAGCACAAACUGCAGAUGAGCAAGAGCGGCCGGAAGCCGAGACGCCGCCGCACCGCCUUCACCCACGCCCAGCUCGCCUACCUGGAGCGCAAGUUCCGCUGCCAGAAAUACCUGAGCGUGGCCGAUCGCAGCGAUGUGGCCGAAACGCUCAAUCUGUCCGAGACGCAGGUCAAGACCUGGUACCAGAACCGAAGGACCAAGUGGAAGCGACAGAACCAACUGCGCCUGGAGCAGCUGCGUCAUCAGGCGACCAUGGAAAAGGACUUUGUGGUGCAAGACGGCGGCGGAGCGGGCGGAUUGGGCUGCUGUCCCAGCGGAUUGAGCAGUUCGUUUAGUGCUGCUGCUGCUGCAGCGGCGGCUGCCAGCAAUCCGUGCAAUUUUCUCACUUCCGCAGCGGCGGCAGCCAUUUUCCGGAACGUCGGCUAUGUUCACGGAUGUCCAAUGUAGGAGCCACGCCCACUCCCCCUCCCAGUUGCCUAUGUACAUACAUAAUACGUAUAAAUAAAACCGUUCUUGUGCAAUAACCGAUCGGGAUGAUAUAUUGAAAUAGCAGCGAUGAGCUCAUAUUUACCAAACGUACCCGAUUAUAUUAAUAUACGUACUUAACUAUAUAAUCAUAAACUAAGCUUAGUCGAAUUAAUUGUAAUAUACAACAACCAAAAUU